AGAGUUAAGUCACAGGUUGUAAAUAAUUAAAAUUUAUCUUUAACAAUGGUUUUUCCAAAAUGGCGCCUUCUUGUUGAUUACAAAUAUUCGUCGGUGUAGUGUAUAUGUGAUUUAAGUCGUUUAAAACACUAUUUUAAGUAGUUAGUAAACAGCAUGGACAAGAUACAAAUUCCGUUCUCGUUUCUUCGAGAAAAUCCUUGUUCUUAUUGCGGACAACAAAUAUCAGGGGGCCAAGUUUUUCUUUUGCCAGACGGAAAUAUACUGUGCGAACGAUGCAAGAAUUCGAAAAGACCUUUUUGCAGAAACUUAGCUUACGAAGCCUUAGCCUCAAAUUUUGUGUAUCCCUGUAUAAAUUGGCAGAACCACUGUCCCAAUGUGUCAGAAUGGAAAGAUGCCCCGUACCACAUAAGUAAAUGCAGUUACGGUGGCUGUUGCAUCCUGUUUUUCGCCCAUCCAGGUUCCUGUUUCAAAGGAAGAAGACGCUUUCCAGAGGAAAAUCAAAGAAUUGGUUUGCUACUUGUACCGGAUAAAGUUUUGAGUUUCCUUACCUGCAAAAUAUGCAAAGCUUACCUCAACUGUGAACCUGUCUAUUCUCAGUCACAAAAUGAGAAUAUAUGUUUUAGAUGCGUGAGAAACAGCGGAAGACCACCAAACUCAGUGCGAAAUCAUGCAUACGAAAAUAUAGCUACCCUGUUUAUGUUUCCCUGUUCAUUUAGGAGAUAUGGAUGCGAAGAAAUUCUUUACUUCGGUAAAGCUGCUUGGAAGCACGAAUUCGAAUGCCCCUGUAAUCCUGCAACCGCUAAACCAAUCCCCAGAUUAGAAGAGAAAGAACCAGAAACACCAAGACAAACUCUCAGGCCAAUCCAAACAGAAAUUCCCCGAGCAAUGUUCCAACCACUCAGACACAAACCACAAGCUCCCGCAAUACCACAAUCCAGACCAGUUUACCGAAACCCGUCUUCAGAAGAACCCCAACCACAAGGAGCAGUUUAUCAAAACCAACCUCCACAAGAAUUUCUGAAACAUCGCAUUACAGGACUCCUUACACACAACCUCCAGGACAAGUAUAUAGAAACUCUUCCCCAGAAGAAGCACAAGAAACACCAAGGUCUAGCGUUCAACCAAAACAGAAAAAGAAAGGAUUAAUUGUGACUCAAACAGGACAAAUUUGGGCUACUUUGAGCCCUAAUACACCUCUGAUGGCGCCUCCACAACGACCAGGCGAGGAGGCAAACAAGGAAGUGAUGGAAUCGC